CCUUCCCGUCGUCCGCUACAUCCCCCGCCGCCGCCAUGAAGGCCUCGUCCUUCCAGCUCAGCAACGUGCUCGGCAGCGUGUACCAGCGCGGGCCGCUCGCCUUCUCGCCCGACGGGCGCGUGCUCGUGUCGCCGACGGGCAACCGCGUGUCGCUGGUGGAGCUGCACUCGCAGCGCUCGCGCACGCUGCCGAUGCAGACGCGCAAGCCCAUCGCCCUCGUCGCGCUGUGCCCGCCGCGCCCGCACAUCGCCCUCGUCGUCGACGUCGACGGCCGCGCACAGCUGCUCAACAUCAACGCCGGCGCCACGCUGGCGCACGUGUCGUUCGGCGGCGAGGUGCGCGCCGCGCAGUUCAGCCCCGACGGCCGCUUCCUCGCCGUCGCCCUCGGCAGCCAGGUCAAGGUGUGGCGCACGCCCAACACGCUCGCGCGCGAGUUCAGCCCCUUUGUGCUGCACCGCACCUACACGGGCCACCACGACGACGUGCUCAGCAUCCAGUGGAACAAGGACGGCACCUUCUUCCUCACCACCUCCAAGGACCUGACCGCACGGCUCUACUCGCUCGACCCCAUCGGCCUCGCCGCCUCGAGCUCUUCGCGCGGCGGCAAGUUCCGGCCCAAGACGUUCAGCGGACACCGUGCCGCCGUCCUCUCGGCGCACUGGAGCCAGGACGAGCGCACCAUCUAUACCAUCGCCAAGGACGGCUCUUGCUUCGUCUGGCGCGCCAAGCUCGACGACGAGGACGACGAGGGCGUCGAGGCCGACAGCGACGACGACACGGCGGCCGCCCAGUCCAUUGCGCAAGAUCCGCGCGAGCGCAUCGCCACGGCGCGCUGGGGCGUGUCGGAGCGCCACUACUUCAACGCGCAGAGCGUCGGCGUCGUGUGCGCCGACUUCCACCCAGCCAGCUCGCUGCUCGUCGUCGGCUUCGCCACGGGCGUCUUCGGCCUGUACACGCUCGCCGACGAAGGCGCCUGCACGCCAUUGCACACGCUCUCCAUCUCAUCCGAGAAGGUCGCCGCCGUCAAGUUCUCGCCCGACGGGUCGUGGCUCGCGUUCGGCUGUGCCGGGCUUGGCCAGCUGCUGGUGUGGGAGUGGCAGUCGGAGAGCUACAUCCUCAAGCAGCAAGGGCACUUCCACGACGUCGCCUGCGUUGCCUACUCAAUCGACGGACAAGUCGCCGCGACCGGCGGCGACGACGGCAAGGUCAAGCUCUGGAACACGACCAGCGGCUUCUGCAUUGCAACGCUCACCGAGCACACAGCGAGCAUCUCGGCGCUAGAGUUCGCCACCAAGGGCAACGUGCUCUUCAGCGCCAGUCUCGACGGCACAGUGCGCGCCUGGGACCUGCUGCGGUAUCGCAACUUCCGCACCUUCACCAGCCCGCAGCCCGUGCAGUUCGGCUGUCUCGCCGUCGAGGCGUCCGGCGAAGUCGUGUGCGCCGGCGGCGGUGGCGCCGCAGCCGACUCCUUUGACGUGUUCAUGUGGUCAGUGCAGAGCGGCAAGCUGCUCGACAUCAUGGGCGGCCACGACGGUCCUGUCUCGGCACUCUCGUUCUCGCCCAACGGCAGCGGACAGCUCAUCAGCGUCAGCUGGGACAAGACGUUCCGCAUCUGGGAGGCCUUCCGGCCGACGGCCAAGGUCGAGCCCAUCAACCUUACUGCCGAGGGUCUUGCGUCUGCAUUCCGUCCCGACGGCGCCGAGGUGUGCAUCGCCACGCUCGACGGCCACCUGUCCUUCUUCGACCCACGCGAUGGCGGCCGGCAGCUCGGCGUGCUCGAGUGCCGGCGAGACAUCGCCGCCGGCCGCAAGCUCGACGACAAGGUCUCGCGCAAGGGCAGCGACGGCGGCGCGGCCUUUACCUCGGUGCACUACUCGGCCGACGGCCGCUGCAUCCUGGCGGGCGGCAACGCCAACUGGGUCUGCCUGUACGACGUGCGCGAGCGCGUCCUGCUCAAGCGCUGGCAGGUCUCGCUUGACGUCUCACUCGACGGCACGAGGGAUCUGCUCGACUCGCGGAGAUUGACUGCGGCCGGCCCGGUGGAGCUCAUCAAUGACCUCUCCGACGAGGACGAGCUGACCACUGCGGAGCGGGCUGACCGGUCGCUGCCGGGCGCCCAGCGCGGCGACCUUGCACGCCGCACCACUCGCGAGGCAGCACGAACGCGCUGCGUGCGCUUCUCUCCGACGGGCCGGGCUUGGGCUGCCGCGUCGACGAUCGGCCUGCUCGUCUACUCGCUUGACCCGCCAGACGUCGGCGUCACGUCUGGGUUGCAGCAGGACUUCGACCCGCUGGAGCUUGACAUCGACCUGACGCCCGCGUCCGUCCUGGCCGCUUCGCAGCGGGGAGAGGCGCUGUCUGCGCUCGUCGGUGCGCUGCGUCUCGGCGAGGCCGCGCUGCUCGCCGAGGUGUACGAGCACAUCGUCGUCUCCGACAUCCCGCUCGUAGUCUCGCAGCUACCGCUGGCGCAUCUCUCCUCCGUCCUGCGCCUCAUCGCCAUGCGUCUCAACCCCGCCUCCAAAUCGCCGCACGUCGAGUUCCACCUGCGCUGGCUCGCCGCCGUGCUCACCACGCACGGCGCGGCCAUCCGCAGUCGUGCGCGCGGCGAUCUGGCGCCGCAGCUGCGCCUUGUUGCCGCGGCGCUGCAGGAGCUGCGUGCCAAUGUCAAGCGCACCGCCGAUGAGAACACAUUUGCCUUGCUGCAUCUGUGGGACGCCAUGCGCACUGCUGAGCCUGCGGCCGUCGACUCGGCCGAGGCUAUGCAGAUCGCCUGAGUGCCACCCCUUCCCCCGUCUUGCUUCUGUCUCCUCACCUCAUCUGUAACACAACCCGCAUGCCUCUCAUGGAAUCUACCAUCUGUCAUUCUCGUG